GUACAGGCGGACUCGGUAAAUAAGUGUCUAUGAAGGGGUGACGUCAGAGGUGGAGAUGUCAUGGCGUCGUCGGAGCUGAGACUGGAGCUUGCCAUCUAGUCAAAGGUUGUCGUUGAUGCGUUCAGCGAAAUGGAGAAGAAUGCAAACCCUCAUCGAGACGCAGGAGGAAGUGUCCUGUGCACCGCUAUUCCCGCAGAACCCGCGGAUAUCAAAACAGUGGGCGGAAUGAAAGAUGCCUGCGAGAGGAGAGAGACUCUGAGUACUUGUGCAAGUGCUAGCGGUGCUAAUGCUACACCCUGUACACAGACAUCAGAUGCUGCUGAGACGGUAAGCAAAAGCGGACAACCGAACGCUUUACCAGAGACACUGUCGCCCGAUGCAGCGGAUCAGCUGAGUAACGGGAUGGGAUACGAACCGUCGAUGACCGCUGCUGGGAAUAAGGAGGGUGGCACCUCAAAGUUAGUAAACAACCUCACGGGAGAGCAACCCGACGCCAAUAAUGUGCAGGCGGACGGUUUGGAUGGAGGUACGCAAGAAGCGACGAAGCUGGCCAAGUCGGCUUAUUUGUGUUCGGACAAAGCAAAAUCUGCUAACUCGAAUUCAAACGAUAACACCGUUUCCGAGGGUCCUCCGAGUGGUAGUGAGCCCAGCAUCGCAGGAGAGUCCCGCAGCUUUGAUUCACUAGAGUCCUUCUCCAAUCUGAACUCCUGCCCGAGUUCAGACCUCAACAGCGAAGGGCUGGAGGACAAGGGACUGGCUUUGGCAAGUCAGAGUGAAUACGGGGCUGAUGGAACAAAAAUCCCCUGUCCUAAAGACAGGGUGACCGGUCAGUCGUUGUACCACAUCAAGUGGAUAAAGUGGAAGGAGGAGAACACGCCUAUCAUCACACAGAAUGAGAACGGGCCGUGUCCGCUGCUAGCUAUUAUGAAUGUCCUGCUAUUGUCAUGGAAGGUCAAGCUGCCACCAAUGAUGGAGAUUAUAACGGCAGAGCAGCUGAUGGAAUAUCUAGGAGACUAUAUCCUUGAAGCAAAGCCAAAAGAGAUCUCUGAGGCUCAGCGGCUGAACUAUGAACAGAAUAUGAGUGAUGCUAUGGCUGUGCUGCAUAAACUGCAGACAGGUCUGGAUGUAAACGUUAAGUUCACAGGUGUGCGGGUAUUCGAAUACACACCCGAGUGCAUUGUCUUUGACCUGCUGGAUAUCCCACUCUACCAUGGAUGGCUGGUUGACCCACAGAUGGCUGAUAUAGUCAAGGCAGUGGGAAACUGCAGCUAUAACCAGUUGGUAGAGAAGAUAAUCAGCUGUAAGCAGUCAGACAACAGCGAGCUGGCUGGGGAAGGUUUUGUGGCAGAGCAGUUUCUGAACAGCACAGCGACUCAGCUAACAUACCACGGCCUGUGUGAACUCACUUCUACUGUACAAGACGGAGAACUGUGUGUCUUCUUCAGGAACAAUCACUUCAGCACCAUGACCAAAUUUAAGGCCCAGCUGUACUUGCUGGUGACGGAUCAGGGGUUUCUCACUGAGGAGAAGGUGGUUUGGGAAAGUCUGCAUAAUGUCGACGGAGAUGGAAACUUCUGCGACUCAGAGUUUCUUCUGAGGCCACCCUCUGACCCGGAAACUGUGUACCGUGGUCAGCAAGACCAGAUUGAUCAGGACUACCUGAUGGCGCUGUCUCUGCAGCAGGAACAGCAGGCCUCAGACCUGGGUUGGGAACAGAUCCCAGAAGGCAUCAGUGAUCUAGAGCUGGCCAAGAAGCUGCAGGAGGAGGAGGACCGCAGAGCGUCACAGUACUAUCAGGAGCAGGAACAGGCACAGGCAGCAGCAGCAGUGGCUGCGCAGGCACAGGGACAACAACCAGGAGCGGGUGCCGACCAGGUGGAUAGAGUGGCAGCUGCUGGAGCCUCAGCGGGGGGAGCCACGGCUUCUCCAAGCCCUGGAAAACAGCCCUCAAUGGUGGAACGCAAACCCAAGAAGGAAGCCAAGGACAAAGACAAAUGCAUCUUGUUGUAACAGCAGUGGACUCUACGUGGAGUGUGAAACGGGCAGCAGUUUAAUUCCUGUGGCUCUGCAAUGCAUCUCCCAGCCUGAGGUGGAGAAAGAAUAGACGACAGAGAUGAAGUGUGAUAGUCGGAGAGGACUUGCCAUUCUCAAGCCACUUGUGCCUGACUUUAACCCUCGGAGUUCUGAAGAUGCAGACAAGAAGAGAGGGGUGUCACUACAAGGACUAUCACUACAUCUUUCGUAGACCUGGCCAAAUGUU